GAGCUAUACUAGAGUGUCUAUCUCUAUAUAAUUAUAUUCUGAGCGAUUAUUCGUAUUUCGUAAUUAAUCAUUAAGUUAUUGUCGGUGCUAGUAACAAAAACUGAAAUUCAUCACCAUAGCCCAUAGGUAGGUACACUUUCGGAGCAUAUCUUCAUGAAAAGUGAGUAGAUUCUUACCGAAUUAGACCCUAUGUUCUAAGUUUGGUUCAUCUUAUCAGAUACCUAAUUCGUUCUUUCAUUUCAGCAGAGAACAGUUUUGCGAAAAAAUGUUACGUCCUGGCCUAAUAACUGUGCUUCCUGGUGUUAAAAAUGUUGCUCAAUGUCGCUAUAUUAUUGUCAAUGUUGACCAUGCUGGAAAAAAACAAUUGGCCUUCAAACUUAUGGACGGUUUGGAAGAACCAUACAGAAAACUUGGAUCCUUCAACCUCUUACUAGAUAAAAUUACCGACCUAGCUGUCAAAGCUGAACUAAGAGGACGGAUUUUGGGUACAUUUGAAGAGUUGGAAAAAUCGGAGAAGCGUUUUGAAAAACUGGAAACGCGUCUUCUUGAAGAAAGAAUGAAAACUGCUCGUACUGAAGGGAGAUUAAAAAUAGUUCAAGACAAAUUCAACAAAAUAAUUAUUCCCCUCACCGUUCGGCAUUAUGCAGUUUUGAUAGAAGAUAGGUGUCCCGUAAAAUCUGUUAUUCCUGCUGAAUCGAGCGCCAAGAAGUUUAAUGAAAUAUAUAUUCAAAGAGCUUACAUGUGGAAAGCAAUACUGCGUGAACAUCCGAAUGAUAUUUACGUUGCUUUUGUGAUCCAAGAAUUAAGAAGUCAUUUUGUAUGUAAGCAUAGCUUGGUUGAAUAUGAUGGGUGUAAUCAGGAGCUAAAUACAGAAUAUGAAGAAUAUCUGCUAGACGCGUGUUACUCUAUUGUAAAAUGCAUCGAUUAUGCUAAUAGGUUAGUAGCACAUUUCGAACAUGGAGGAGAUCCUGCAGAUUUUUUGAAUGUAUUUGCCAGACCUGUCGAUCAAUUCAUUACAUUAUUUUAUAACGCUAUGGUCAGUCAUGAUGUUAAACCUAAAGAUAAAGUUGAUGAUGAUUCAAAAGGUAAUCAAUGGGUGUAAUUCUUUGUAGAUAUUCAUCUCUGUGUCACUUUUUGAAAAUUGUUUAUGUACUUUUAUGACAAAAAGAAGAGAAUAAAACUUGAUAUCGA